AUGGUUGGCGUCCCAGGAAAAUACAAGGGUUGCGAGACUUGCCGACGUCGACGUGUCAAGGUACGCCUACUCUCUCCAUCCCCCCCCCCCCCCCCCCCCCCCCUCCCCACUUCAAAACGGAGGACUUUCGACUUGUCUAAUGGUCAGCUAACAUCUAAAACCUCCUCCCAGUGCACCAACGAGCGUCCCUACUGCCAGAAAUGCAUCACCAGCGGCAGAGAGUGCGAGGGUUACGAGAGGGAGCGCGUCUUCAUCACCGGCACCCCCGAGUCCAAGGGCCGUGUCGCCUCCCACCCGAGGAGGUCUCCCACUGCCUCGUCCUCAUCCUCCAAGACGAGGCUGCACCUCAAGCCCGGAUCUUCCAGCACUCCCGAGCUCUCCCCCGAGCCUUCCGAGCCGUCUGACAUGAGCGCCGCUCGCUUCACCCACCAGCAGCUCGCCCCCGUACAGCCCUUCAAGCCCGCCUGGGAAGACUACACCACCAUGUCAACCAGCCAUGGCGAGGUCCCCGUCCUGAUGGUCGCCCUCCAGGUGCCGCUGGCCGGAGUCGCUCUUAGCCCCCAGCUCGACGUCAACGGCCACGACGACUUCCGCAUCGACCUUCCCGCCUACAGCCCUCGCGAGACGCCCAUCACGGGAGCUAGCUUCUUCAGCACGAGUGCUCGCUGCCUGGUCCACAUUGCCGAUUCGUAUGCUUCCAGCCCGUCGGCCGCUGGAAACAUGUGCGCCUUCUUGUUCGAGCCCGCGCUGGGGACGACGCACGAUGCCGAUGUUGGCGACAUGCAGCGGCUCGGUCCCCAAGGCUUCACCUCCUUUCCCGAUCAUCACUUCUUUGCGAGGGUCUACCGUCCAAUGGCUGUGAACAAACAGGUCGGCUCAGCCUUGAUGAAUCGCAGAGCCACCUUCUUGUCCGACUCGGCCUGGAAGACGACGCCGUGGUCCAAGCACCCAAAGAGCCUGCUCGACCGACUCCUCGACAUCACCGCCCAGAUCCCUUGGCUUCUGGAGAAGCUGGACCAGAUCUCCACGCUCCCAGCCACUCUGCCGCGAUGGCACCAGGCCCAGGGUCUUCUACAGACCUGCUUGAUGCUCGAGGGCCAGUUUUCCCAGUGGCUGGAACUGGCCAACCAGGGUAGCGGCGACAUGGACCAGCCGCCAAACUACUGGCUCAACAUGAUGGACGACGACCCGUCGUCCCAGGCCGCCGGCAUACCCUUCUCCCCAGCCUAUGCCUUCAAGGACGGCGUGACUGCCACGGCCUUCCUUUACUACUGGAUGUCGCGCAUCAUCUUCCACCGCUGCGUCCAGGGCCUCUACGCCGUUGUCUUCCAUCCCAUCAUGGACACCUACCCGCAGAUGUGGGCCGAGCUGCCUCCGAGUCUCCAGACGACCGACUGGUCCGUCUUCCAGAGGGUCCCCGAGCUGGCCGGUCACCUGUGCCGCGGCCUGGACGCCGCUCUCGAGGCCACCGUUCAGCCCGACCUCCUUGUCGGCCCCAUGUCUGUCGCACUCAACUUCUACCGCGACAUCAACGCCGAAUCGCAGGAUGGACUUCUCGAGAUCCUCUGGCUCGAGGGUUUCAGAACCCGCCUCGUCGAAAAGGGCCGUUAUGUCGCCACCGUACUGCAGGGAAGCAGCUGGUUCGAGCUGGCCAGGUUCUGA